AUGCCUUAUGCAAAAUUCCUUAAGGACAUCUUUAUUGGAAAAAGAACUUGUGAUGUGGCAGAAACAGUUAGCUUGACAGAGAAUUGCAGUGCAAUCAACAAAAUGCCGCCUAAGUUGAAGGACCCCGAAAACGUUUCUAUACCUUGUGCUAUCUAUAAGAUGCUUAUUGAUAAUUCCUUGUGUGACUUAGGAGUUAGUGUUAGCCUUAUGCUAUAUUCGGUUAACCAAAGACUUGAGUUAGGGAAACUUUUUCCUACCAACAUUACCUUGCAAUUAAUCGAUAGAUCAAUUAAGUUUCCAAAAGGUAAGGUAGAGGAUGUUCCUUUGAGGGUAGGAAAGUUUGUGAUUCCGAUUGAUUUUGUGGUUCUUGAGAUGGAUGAGGAUUUUAAUAUUCUUAUCAUAUUUGGUAGACCUUUUUUUGCUACCUCAGGUGCCAUGAUUGAUGUUAAAACUGCCAAGACUUCCUUCAAAGUUGGAGAAGAGGAUAUUGAAUUUGAUUUGAAUGAAAGCAUGAAAUAUCUUUCUUCUUCACUUGAAAAUUGCAUGAGAGUUGAAAUCUUAGAUAAUAUUAUGAAUUCCAUGCAUGAGCACUUGCUCAAACCUAAUGAUCCACUUGAGUGUGUUUUGUUGACUAAGGAAAAGAUAGGUGAGCAUGGCAAGGAAAUGGCGUUCUUUGAUAGAAUCAUUAAUGAGAGCAUGGAAGAGGGUGAUGAUUAA